GCGUAAAAUAAAUUGCGGCUUGUUGGAAUUAAACCCAAAUGGACUUUCAUCUUGUUAUUGUGGACUUUAUUUUUGUUUAAACUGAAACAACAUGGACAAGUGGGUGCAGCUUAAUAAUCAGGCAGCAGGAAGGGACAAAAUUGCAAGGCUUAUACAGUAUGCCUCGCGUGCACUUUGGGACAGUUUGGAGUCCACCAAUUCCACACCCGCCUUGGUAGACAAUUUCAAAACUGUUGAGUAUAUCCUCAGUACAUUCCGUAAAUUGCUACGAUUUGGCAAAUGUCUGGAUGUGUUUUAUGCUUCAUUACGUACUCUUCAUUAUCCGGAUCUAACUAUACGCGUUACCUUGACACUGGGCAAGCUGUCGCAAUCGUUGUUCCUUUUCGCCGAUCAUUUCCUAUGGCUGGCCAGGACUGGCCUUACAACAGUCGAUGCCAAGCGAUGGUCCAACAUGGCCAACAAGUAUUGGCUUUUCUCGAUCAUUAUGAAUUUAUGCCGCGAUUUCUAUGAGAUUGUCAGAGUCCUCGACUUGCACAAGGCUGGUGUUAAGAGUGGCAUCACUCGUUGCCAAAUUCCCUGCAGUCUAAACUCUCCGGCGGAUUUCAAACGCUUGGCUCUGCAUUCGUAUAUCAUUUUGCAAGGACACAAGGCUGUUGCUGUGGAUACAUUGAAGAACUUAUGCGACUUCUUUAUACCGUUGACAGCUCUGGGCUACACUAGUCUCACACCAAGGACAAUUGGUGUCCUAGGAGCCAUUUCGUCAGUGGCUGGUCUAUGGGCCAUGUUAGAGCCCACGGCCAAGCUGACACCUGCAUAGUGUAUUUUAUAUGUGACCUGAUAUAAUUCUGUUUGUUGUAAAUAUGUACUAAAUGUGUGUGUGUAUUCCUGUUGUCUUAAUUUAACAAUAAGUCUAUUAAGUUGUAAAAGUGCAUAAAUAAACGAUUUUAAACCAUUUGUA